AUGACAAAUACUAAAGCAGAUGAUGGCAACAAGGUCACCAUGACUGCGGAUGAGCUGAAGCGAUUUCAAGAAUCAUUCAAGGACAAGGAAUUCCGCACGCUGUUUUUUGAUUAUAUGAACGAACUUUCGGAUCCUAAAAACAGAGAGAUUUAUGAGCAUGAGCUAUCAAUGCUAGAGUCAGAAAAGGGAAACGAUGUUCGAUAUGUUAAGCCUAUUGGAGUUUAUGUUAUCAAGACUGCUACAGAUACUUUCGAGUCUCCAGUAAAGGUUUUUAUCAACAUGUGUUCAUCUGUCGAAAUCGAGGCUGCUGCUCAAAGUACUUCCAAAAGUUUUUCAAAACCUGGCGGAAAACAUUGGAAUAUCCCGUAUAGUCUUGCAUCUCCUCGCGAUGAUGUUGAUAAUGCCAAAAAACCUUGCCAAGUAUACGAUUGUGUGUUUCACCCAGAUACACUCAAGAUGGGCUCAAGUUACCCAGCAUUUUCCAGAUUAUUGGAAUCUACAGCAAUUGAGGGAAUCGAGAAGCAAUUUAACGUCAAACUGAAAAGAGAUUAUAAGCAAAUUCAGAUGAAGUGUAAAGGAACACCUGCAAUGACAAUGAUUAGAACGAAAAGAGAUUCACCCGCUAGAUCUAAUGUAGAAACAUCUAUCGAGUUUAUUGAAAAAAUACAGAAACAGAAAAAAAGUAUGGCUGAAAAAAAUACCAUUGACACCAAGCAGAUACCUGUAGCCAAUGUACAAAUUGGACCAAAAGUCCCUGAAUAUACAAUCGUGCACCAACAACUUUUUGAUGAUUAUCAAAAGUUUACAAGCGAACGAGAAAAGCAUAAUGGAGCACGUCCAGACAAGAUCGUUAUUCGAAUAUCUCUGCCUGGAAUCGCAUCUGCGUCUGAAGCAGAUCUGGAUGUUGAUCCAAUGACCUUGAAUUUAGUAGUUUCUGAAAAAUACAAAUUACACAUUGACUUGCCGUUCCCAGUUUUUAACGAAAAGGGCGAUGCAAAGUUUGAUAAAAGCAAAUCAGAUCUCGUAAUUACUCUUCCGGUUGUUCCCGCGCCUUGUAAACUGGCUGAUCAUGAGGAUAUCACUUUUGUAAAGCAAGAGGACGAGCCCAUUGAGUCUUUGGUUGAAGAUAUAUCAGCAACGAAUACUAAUCCGUUGAUCAGUGUGCUUGGAUCAGAAACCGUUGCAAGCUUGCUUCCAAAGAAAACAGAUUCUGAUGAAAUUGAAAAUCAGCCAAUGGAAUUGGCGGCUGAAGUCUCAUCUCAACUUGCAUCUGAAUCAAACGAGUCUGUCCAAAACAUUAGUUCUCAAAAGGAUGUUUCUGCUUUGGUAGAGCAGUUUACAGACCAACUCAAAAUCACGCAAUCCAAAUCGCAAAUUCCACCGUUUCACAUCACCCAAUCAGCUAUGCAUACCACUAUUGUUGUUGAUGUGGCCAAUAUUGCUCAAGAUUCUUUAGAUAUUUUUAUCGAAGCUGAAGAGACAAGCAUUGGAUUUAGGGAUGCUAGUGGAGUAGAAUGGAAGCUUCAUCUCAAGUUUGAAUCACAGAUUGAUACUGCGCGUAUACAACCAUUUGAUAUUUCUGAUUCAAACGGAGUGCUGGUGGUAUACAAGACUACGUCUCAGUUAUGGAACAAAAUCACUGUAGUUCACCAAGAUGGCAGCUCAACAGUUCAAAUUUUGAACACCAUAGAAAAUACGUAUAGCAUGGAUGAAGAUCCCGACUUGGUCGUUGACGCUGGCAAGCAAGACAAUGCCCAUACUGUUACAGCACAUCGAGUCAAUGGGAAUGUGGUGGUAGAUAUUAUGCCAAAAAAAGAUAUUUUGGCAGCACUUUCUACAACAGGGAUAGAAGUUGAGCAAAAUACAGUUGCUGAUGCUAAGCCUAUUGCAGCACCCACAACUCUUCAUUGUGACUCGACCUCGACUCAUAUCCCAGUCAAGUUAAUCAACACGUGUCUAUAUGAUCUAGACUAA